AUUCUAUUUUCUCAUUACAGAGACUCUGAGUGUCCCACGCUAGAAGGAGCGGACCAUCUUUCACAGACGCAACUUCUGACGCGAUUAACACACGUCUGUCGGUACGAUCGGCUAGAGCGUCCCAAGCGAGAAUCCAUCAACGGUACAAACGGCCCGGUAAAGGUGUACGCCCGUGCUUACAUCUAUUUUAUGCAAAACUUAGAAGCACACGAUUUGCAAUUUAAGAUACACGCACUGCUCCAGUUCCGCUACGUCGAUCCGCGGCUGGUGUUCCGGGAGGUGGCACCGAACCGAACGAAACCGAUCAUGGGCGAACAGUCGCUGCGUGAUCUGCUCUGGGUGCCGCACGUCUUCCUCGCGAACGAGCGCAGCUCUGACAUACUGGGCACGGCCGAGAAGGACAUCCUCACCUCGAUCUCACCCGACGGUACGGUGAUCGUAUCGACGCGCAUCAGCGCCACCCUGUACUGUUGGAUGAAUCUGCAGAAGUUCCCGUUCGACGAGCAGCACUGUUCCACCGUGCUGGAGAGUUGGAUGUACAAUGAGGACGAUUUGGUGCUACUCUGGGAGCACAAGUCCCCUGUAACGCUGGCCCCGGAGCUGCAUCUUACGGAGUACGUGCUGCUGGAGAUGUUUACCAACGAGACGGUUAUCAAUGCGGAUCUGAGCGAUCUUCGCCAUGGUGCUUUCGCUGGUAACUACAGCUCGCUCAGCUUCACCGUACAUCUGGCGCGCGAGAUGGGCUUCUACAUGAUGGAUUACUUCAUCCCCUCGAUCAUGUUGGUCGCUAUCUCGUGGGUCACCUUCUGGCUGCAGGCGGAUCAGUCUGCGCCCCGCAUUACGCUCGGCACUAGCACCAUGUUGACGUUUAUUACGCUAGCUUCCGCCCAAGGCAAAACGCUCCCGAAGGUCAGCUACAUUAAGGCGUCCGAGAUCUGGUUCCUCGGCUGUACCGGGUUCAUCUUUGGCAGUUUGGUUGAGUUCGCCUUCGUCAAUACGAUCUGGCGCCGGAAGCGCAACGUGGAGGUGAAGAAGGUUAACAGUAAGCACGUGCUCAAGCAGGCCAUCACACCGCGGCCGGCGCGCAAGGACAUGAGCGGACUGCACAAGUCACACUCCUGCACUUCGCUGGCCGACUCUGCCACGACCGUUUCGGCCAACUCCUUCAACAACUAUCUAACCGUGCAUUCCAUCCCCCAAAAGAGCCCCAGCAGUGCCACCCUGCCCAUCAUCUCGACGACCGACGUCGACCGGGCAAUGACGGAAGCCUCCAACGUUACGAUCCAGAUCGAGGGCCAAACGAGCAACGUGAACGGAAACGGCUGGACCACGAUGACACCGCAGGAGGUGGCGAUCUGGAUCGACAAACGGUCACGCUUCGUCUUCCCGAUCGCGUUCGUGAUCUUCAACAUAUUCUACUGGACGUUCGUGUACUACGUUUGAGGAGGCCCGGCCAUACAAGUAUGGUUUACAGUCAUUGGGUUGUUUUAGUUGCAAACAACGAUCCGCCUAAUUCGGCCGGAUGCACCGGAAAGUAUUAUACUGCGAGGCAGCGAGGGACGACAGCCUUGUGCUGGCCUUGUAGAGUCGCCUUUUUUGUGUGUUUGUGUGUGUGUAUGUGUGUGUGUUUCUAAGUAAAACACUUUCUUACCGAAGAUUAAACACUUAGCGAUAAUUAUUUAUUUGAACGACGUGCCUAAGACCUACCUACUGUGUGCAUAGUUAUAAACGAAACAAAAAAGUGAAUAAAUCCUGAUACAACAAGUUGAACUGA